AUGUCAAUGGACAACAGAAAGAGACCUGUGGUCUCCUCCAACUCUGGUAACUCGGUUUACUGGUCCUCCUCAUUUACGCGGCAACCAGCCAGGAUCCUGAUCGUGGAGGCACUGCCCCCCUCAUGGUCAGAGACCUGCAUGGUGCUCUGUGAUGCUCUGGAGAACUUCCUGUCCCUGGCAUGCAGUCUGGACGGCCCCUGCAGGAUACCGCUGCUCAGCCUGUACGCCAUCAGCAGGCAGCAGGAAUGUCUUCUCCCGUUUGUGCAGGUCCGUGGUAACCUGGCCAGGCUGCGUUCCUGUGUGGAGGAGCUGAGGUCUAUUCCAGGUGAAGGAUGCGUCAGAGGAGCAGCCAGAGGAGGAGAGCUUCUGCGUCGGGCGGUGCUGGACAGUCUGCAGCAGUUCAAGCAGUACAUCAGACACACCGGCACUGGCAUCCAGGCCAGCAACAACAUAUCUGUGGAGGUGACCGUGGUGACCAGCCAGCCAGGGAGGGGUGUUGUUCGUCAGCUGGAAAAGGGGCUCAAAGACGCCGACCUGGUGUCACUGAAGCGGCUCCUGGUGGUUCAGAUCUACAGUGCGGCAGAAUGGGGCCAGGACAACCCCUCACCUGAAGACACACACACUGACACUGAAGACUCUCUGAUGUUGGGGACGGAGGUGGACCUGCAGCGGGUGGAGAACAGCGUGUUCGCCAUGGAGACAGUGUUGAAGGCGUGGCUUCAGGAGCAGGGGGGAGACAGAGAACACCUCCACCUGCUGCUGCCCAGCCCCCUGGAUAACCCCAUUCCAGUGUGUGUGAAGUGUGACAUGCAGGAGCGUCUCAUAAGCCCCGCUCUCAUCCCCCUGAGCCCCAACCUGGGCGUGAAGACAGAGAGCGUCCGGGACUUCCUGCCCGUCACUAAGGGAUCAGCCAAUCAGAGCCAACCGCCACGGAGACUGAAAGUAAUCAAGACUCUGCGUGCAGACGGAGUGUGUGAGAGUGUGCUGUACGGCCUGCCGCUGGUGAUCCGCCCCACCACCUGCUGGCAGCUGGACUGGGAUGAAAUGGAGAGCAACCACAACCUGUUCCACGCUCUCUGCCACACACUCAGGAGUCGUGACUUGUUCCUGCUGCUGCAGGUGGAGCCCGUUCAGCGGUCUGCAGCUGGAGGCUCAGGUGUGACCUCCCACUACGUCCUGCAGCCCUCCCCCUCCCUCUCCCUCCUCCUGAAGCCGGUGGUCUCCAGAGAGCUGCUGCUGCCCUGCUCCCUGCCCGCCCCCCCCCUGGAGCCUGCAGCCGACGCCCUGCACACCGUACAGGGAUGUCUCUCUCAGCUGGAUGAGGAGUGUGUGUUCAACCCUCUGUCUCUGAGCAGUAACCUGUACCAGCACCUGAGGAGCAGAGGAGCGUUCUCACAGCCUCGAUACCCAUACAGGCUCCAGACAGCGGCACACAGAGAGCAGGCUCAGCCAGCAGAGGGGGCUAAAGCCAGCAGACAGCAGCGACAGCCACAAAACCAGGGGCGCCAACUAGGAAUGAGCAACAAGGUCAGAGCCACUGUGGCCCCCCUGCCCUCUGCCUCCUCCCACACCUCCUCCUCUUCCUCCCUGGGACCUCCUCCUGCGAAGGCCUCUCGUCGGGCCCUGACUCUCCUCAGCAGCAGCAGCAGCGGUGGGGGGAACCAACGGGCCCCGGCCCCCUCUCGUCAGGAGGAAGACCAUGAUGAUGAGUCCAUGGUUAUACAGUAAGAACAGUGGGGGGGGGGGAGAACCUGCCACUUCAAAGGGAACUACGGUAAUGCUUAGUCAGGACAUUUCUGUAAUCGGUCCCCAUUGUAACGUUGGUGAGUCAUCAGGCAGCUCAUAAGGGCUUUAAUGACUUUAACUGGAGGGAAACACACACUAAUGUGUCUGUAAAUACACACAGAACACACACACUGGUUUCCUCUGUAUUUAAUCUCACCACAAUAAUAGCUAGAUCUGAUUUUAACCACCCUCCGUGCAUGAGUGCGUGAGAAAGGAAAGUCUUUACAUCGCUGAGGCAAGAAGAACUUCCAAAAAUGAACGAGGGAAGAAAAGAUGAAAAGAAGGGAAACUGUAGGACUAUGGAAGCCUGGAGGAGUUAGAAAUAUUGAGGCAACAACUAAAUGUCCAUAUUUCAUCACCCACUUACACACAGCUAC